UCUUUUUGAUUACAAAAUUGAGAGUGGUUUUUGGGGUUCUGACUGCCUUUUCUUGGUAACAUCGGCACCCUGAAAUUACUGGAAACACCUCAGACAAUCUCCGCUUCCGUAGCUCCUCUCUGCCUGUCACUCACUUCCCAUCUCUCAAUCAUCCGCAAUCUGCAUUCCAAGAAAAGAAAAGAUCCCAAUUAGAUUGCCAGGGCUGAAGUGGACUACGUGAUGGUAGCCAAGUGGAUAUUUCAUGGAUCAGAAAGCUCUUUCUGAUAAGAAAUUUCGGAGCACAUCACAACCAGCCAGAAACUAGUACCUUAAUGGUCGUUAGAUUCCCUCAUCAUUAAAUUUAACUCAUGCGUGUGCUGACCUUUGUGUGAACUGUGGUAUGGAAGACGUGCAAAAUAUGAAUAAUGUGGGAGUGCAAGGAACUUCCUUGAUUAAGUCAGAUCCUGAAAGCCAUAAUGACCUAAUUGCUCGCCGCAUGAAAAACCGAGAACGCCAGCGUAGAUAUAGGGCCAGGAAGCGCCUUGAAGCAGAUCAGAAAUCCCAUGUCCUAAACCAAUCAACCAUACAGCAAGUGAGUUUGCCGGAAAAUGGGAUUCUUAACAGUGGCAUGAAACGUGUUCACUGUAAACGGGAUUGGAAGAAAGAUGCAAGAAGGGCCAACAUGUGUAGAGGUCAAGAAGACACACCAAAUGUUACCGCGCAGCCUGCUAUUACUGUCACAUCUGAAAGCCAAGUACAAUGCCCGCCCUCUGCAAUUAAGGCGGACGUGAUGCUUGAAAGGGAACCACAUUCUGAGAAUUCCCACAGCCAGGGUAUGUGUGAGACAACCAACACUAAGCUUGGUCGAAGAGACUGGAAAGCAGAAGCAAGGAAGAAGAAAAGCUAAAGUUGUUGUUACCUAGUUGUUCUGUGAAAUAAAUGUAGUAUAGAUACAGGUUGAAUACCUAAGUUUGUAAUGGCAGCUAGAACUUGUUUUAAGUCAGUUUGUUCCUGCAUUUAGGAAAAGCUGUUAUUGUCAUGUUUCUUAACUUGUUUUAACAGGCUCGUUUUUCAUUCAGAUGAACAUCAUGGAUGAUGUGUAAUAAUAGGAAAAAUUAGCA